AUGCCAAGUGAGGUGAUUGCCGUUUAUCCACAAGCAUCCAACAUUUUACCAGAAGACUGGGUUUUUAUUCAAAGAAAGGAUCCAGUUGUACAAACACUGAAUAAAACGCAAAAUCCCUCACUGGUCGGUAUUUGUCCUAAUAUAUCUUCAACGAUUUACUUGAAGGUAAUUUAUGCCAUUCAAGGACAACUUCAAGGAAUACCGCUGAAACAGGUUAUUUCUGCUUCAAUCGAAUAUUCACAAGAAAAUUGGCAAUUGGUGUGUGAUACAUCUAAUUAUCCAUCCUUGUGUAGAAGCUCAAAUAUUUCACCGAGUGCACAAAAUUUUUAUUUAACUACCGUAAUUAUGUUCUCUGAAAUAUCUUCACCAAGUGAUGAAGUAUUAAAUUCCACAAGAAAUUGUGAUUUAGAUACAUGUUGGAAUGAUGCAUUCUAUGCUUGGACUGGACUGCAUAAAUUAUAUCAACAAACUGGUAAAAUUGAGCAGACUUUUGAAAUUGGCGUUACAUUAGGUAUAUCAAGUCUUGUUUUAAUUGUACUCUUUAUUACAAGACCAUUCUUUUGA